CUAAACAAAAUAUCUCAUUGUUUUGUUUUCAGUUUUUUUGGUCCUUUGACCAAAUUUUAUUUAAUAAACCCUUUGGGGGAAACCACCAACUCCGUUCCGUUCGUGGCUUCCCAUUAUCUUUCUUUCUUUCUUUCUUUCUUUUUUCUUCUCAUUUUAAAUGUUAAUAUCCCAUAAUUGAAAUUAGUUUUCUUUUUUUCCUUUUGUGUGUGUCGUCUUCAGUUCUUGGGAGAACAAAAUUUAUUUCUCUCAAGGGGUUCUGAUUUUUGUGUUAGAGAUGUUAGGAGAUUUGAUCACUAGAUGCCUCUUGAUGGCUUUUGGGUAUGCAUAUCCAGCAUUUGAAUGUUACAAAGCAUUGGAGAAGAGUAGCCGGAGCCUUGAUGUUGAAUCUUUACGUUUCUGGUGCAAAUAUUGGAUUCUUGUGGCUAUUUUUACUUUUUUUGAGAGAUUUGCUGAUGUUUUAAUAGCUUGGCUCCCUUUGUAUGGUGAAAUGAAGCUGGUGUUUCUUGUCUACUUAUGGCAUCCCAAAACCAAGGGAAGUGGGCAUAUAUAUGGAACAAUGUUGCAACCAUAUUUGAUGAAGAAUGAAGCAGAAAUAGAAAGAAUGAUGGUGGAAAUGAAAGUGAGGGCUUGGGAUUUGAGUUAUGUCUUUUGGACAAAUUUCUCUGAAAUGGCUCAUUCUUCCUUCCUUAAAAUCCUCAAAUGUGCUGCUGAUUUCCAAUCCACUAAGUUUAAGAACUCCCCAUUCCAACUUCAGAGAAUCGAUCAGCAACCCCAACCGCCGACGGUAUCGCCACUGCCACCGAAAAAAUUGCCGUCGUUUUCCGCUCGAGUCGCCGAUCAGAUGAACGAAUCUCCAAGAACAAAUUCGGAGAUGGAGGAAGUAGACGAUGGUCAAUCUCCGGACUUCGGCGAAACAGAGAGUUCCGUUAAUGAAGAAGAUAAACCUGCAUCUCCUUAUCCUCCAUCGGGUCGAGCUCGAUUAAGGCGAAUUAAACCACAAUCAUAGAGAGGUUUGUAAUUGUGAGAAAAAGGCUGUACAAAAGAAAAAUGAAAAUCGAUGGAAUCCAGAGGGAAACUGAAAUUGAAAUCGAAAUGGAAAUAUUGUUGAUGAGAAA